AAUCGGGCUGCAUCGGAUCCCACAGUGCAGGCAGUGAAGGGGCACCUCUUGACUGGAAAGGGUUAAAGGAUGCUGACCAAGGAACCAUGGAAAACAGCUCAGUGCACGGCAGCAGCACCCACCGGCCUUCCAAUGAGACCCGCACUGAAUUCUCCUGGGAAGGAUUUAAUUUCUCCAUGGAAGAUACCACCUCGAUCCUUCCUCGACUGAAGAGACACUCUAAUGCCUAUGGAAUUGGUGCUCUCGCCAAAUCCUCUGUCAAAGGUGUCUCUCGGACCAUGAAGGAUCAUGUGACCAAGCCAACUGCCAUUGGGUCAGGCCGUGUUGCUCACAUGAUUGAGUGGCAGAGUUGGGGCCAACCCCCGGCCCCCACAACUGAGACCACCCGAAUGGACAGCGAUGCCUAUUCUGACCUGAGUGACGGAGAGAAGGAGGCUCGUUUCCUUGCAGGAGUAAUGCAGCAGUUUGCCAUCUCAGAGGCAACUCUCAUGGCCUGGUCCUCUAUGGAUGGGGAGGAAGAGAGCGUCAACUCCAACCAAGAGAGACAGAGCGAGACCUACCAGGAGCUGCUGGAAAACCAGGAUAACAUUGCCCAGACGCACUCUGAUUGUUGGCCGCACUCCUAUGUGUCCCAGGGGCUGUACUGUCUGGGCUCGUCGGAGGCGUGGGCGAGCAGUGAGCAGUCUCUAAUGGGGUCCCCUGCGCCCCCUGGAGGACCAGACUGUAUCCCGGGCCCCGAGUUUGAGGAGAGACAGCUGGAGAACAUCUGUGAGAUUAGCCCUCAGCUGCUGCACUCUAAAAUCUCCCCCAUGGAAGAGGAUGACGUGUUGUGUCACGACCUGCAGUCUCUGUCGCCCCAGCGGGAGGAUUGCGAGACCCCCCCACACAGCCGCAAGGUGUCCGACGUGGCCACUUCAGGAGUGCAGUCGGGGGAGGAGGAAGAGGAGCGAGAGAUGGAGAACUGAGAGUGUGCGAGACUGCUCUGUGUGAGACGCUCUGGGUGUCAUUUAUCAUGGGGGCGGCAUGUACGUUUUCCUGCGGUCGCUAUGCAGCAAGGUGGGUAGUGACAGGAAGUCUGUGUUUUUCUAGCGUCUUUUAUUUUGGGGGGUCCUGCGUCUGACCCCCCAUUGUGAUAUCAACACUUUGUGUGAGUCACCUUCAUGCACGUCACAUGCAUUCCUGCCCCCGCACGAUUCCCACAGCAGGGGGGUUAGUGCCAUUCAUGGGGUGCACGUAUUAACCCUGCAAGUGCUGGGGGGCUGUGACAAGCCUUCAGACAUCACUGGGCACAAUUCUAUGCAUCUGAAACGGGGAGCGGCACCAAAUGUUCCAUCGUCCCUUCUUGUUGUUUUGUGCGGUGUCAGAAUUGUGUUGUUUAUUUGUGCGACGGUUCUGCAGUGUGGCCCAGUCUCCCCAGCAGAGCGGCAAUUGGUCCCCAGGCUGCACUCGGGGGGCACUGUCGGCCACACAAACCAAUUGGCUUUCUCAGGAACUGCUCUUUCUUUUCUCAGUGGGCAUUACAUUUGCUGGCCGGCCAAUCGGGGAGCUUUUUAUUGACGUGUCAUACGCAGGACCUGUUCAAAGUCAUUGGUUUUCCUUAACGGCGCAGUUUUAUGCUCUCCUUAUGCACUUCAGUUAAGAGCCCAGGUAUGGAAGUGGGUGGGGAGGAAGAGGCCAGUGUUGCCCCCCGGGUGGCAAUUUGUCUGUGAACGAGUAGUUUUAGCGUCAGUAGAAUAGUCCGUAGUUAGGUGACAUCUGAAUGGCAGUUCCCUCAGUUAAAGGGGAACUAUUUGCAAAAAAAAAAUGUGCGUAACCACAGUGAAUGUAUCCAAUAAGGGCUGCGGGUCAGGGAGGUGACUCUGUGUUGAUAAAUGACCCCCAGAACGUGAGAGUGUUGGACAGAACCAUCAUCUCCCAAUUGAAGAAGCAGCGGCCGGACUCCGUGGCCCCUGGCAACUCGUCUUCCCUGGUACCUUGGAAUGUUCCCGUGGUCCAACCUGGAAAGAUCAGGGGGCCCAAUUUCUCCAGCAAACUGGAUCCAACCUUUGUAUUGGCAGCGGGAUGGAUCCAACCUUUGUGCUCUCUGGAAGAAGGUGGAGCACUUGGUGGGAGGUGACUGCUGCGCUGGGGGAGGUCUCGCAUGCCUUACAGUGACCUCCCCAAAAAGACCCGAAUCAUUGCCAAAACCCUAAAACUGUGUAACUACAUUCCUGCCAAAGACCUGCAGAGCCCAGCUUCUUUAACCCCAUCCCUGCCAAAGAGCUGAAAGCAUUGCUCCUAAUUGCCAACGAAAGCCCCCGGGGGAUGCUCUGUUCCCCCACUGCCUGCUGACGCUCAGGAUCACUCUACUAACAGGUGACCCAGCAAAGUAACCAUGUAAUUCAUUGGCCGAAUCCUGCAAAGCUUCUCUGUACUUGUGUCUCCCCCAUCUGCAGAGCGUUUCUUCCCAGACACCUGCAGAGCAUUGCUCUUCCCUGCACUUAACCCCGCCCUAAACCCCUGCAGUCUGCUCCAUCCCUGCACAUUUCCUAAUGGCGCUCAGUCUAACAGUCUGAUUGGCUUGUUCAGAGCAGCAGUGAGUUCCAAUGCAAGUGGUUUAUGGGUGGCACUGUGAUACUGUGGGGCAUUGCGUGGGGCAUUGUGGGGGGCAUUGCAUGGGGCAUUGUGGGGGGCAUUGUGCUGCCAGUUUAUACAAGGAAAGCUUUUGCCGCGAGUCUCUAGAAAUCCAGGCAAGAGUUUUCUAUAAAAGGGAAUAAGUGAAAAUUGGAGAGAUAAUGUUAUUUGUGCAUAUUUUGUAUCAUGAGUCGGAAUUCUAAACCUGAUGCAGACGCAGAUCAGUCCAAGUUACACUAAAUCCCAGUGGCCAGUGAACUCUAAGAAAAGAAGGGCUCUGAUUGGCUACUGAGCAUGGAUCCAACUCAGCCAAUCACAGGGACACAGGGAGAUUGGAAUUUUAUAAGAAACACAGAGAGCCUCAAAUGGUCAAUCUUUCAGAUUCUGCCCAAAAUUACUUCCACCCACCCAACUGUUGUUAGACACACUGGGGCUCAUUUAUCAACACUGGGCAAAUGUGACCAUGGGCUGUUACCUAUAGCAACCAAUCAGUGAUUAGCUCUAUAAAGCCGACUGCAAGUAGUACAAUGAAUGCAGCAAUCUGAUUGGUUGCUAUGGGUAACAGCCCAUGGGCAAAUUUGCCCAGUGUUGAUAAAUGAGACCCACUGACUGACUGACCAACUCACUGGAGCAUCAGCAGAUUUUUUCAAGAUGUUCAAUAAAUGAAGCAGUUGAUGUGGAUGACACAUGUAUAUGGGUUGGGAUGGAGCGCCAGAGUAUAUGUACCAAAUAGUUGCAUGUCAGGUCUAUGGUAUCGGUAUGGCAGCUUUACAGUCUGAGUGACAGUCACAUGUGUCUAAGCAGGUUCUUAUGUAGGGUUCUAAUUUAGGACCUGUUAUAGCAACCCAUACUGGCCCAUACAAACCCAUACUGAUGCAUACUGAUCCAUACAGACCUAUACUGACCCAUACUGAUCCAUACAGACCUAUACUGACCCAUACUGAUCCAUACUGACCUAUACUGACCAAUACUGAUCCAUACAGACCUAUACUGACCCAUACUGAUCCAUACAGACCUAUACUGACCCAUACUGAUCCAUACUGACCUAUACUGACCAAUACUGAUCCAUACUGACCCAUACUGAUCCAUACGGACCUAUAAUGACCAAUACAGACAUAGCAACCCAUACUGGCCCAUACAGACCCAUACUGACACAUACUGAUCCAUACCGACCUAUAAUGACCAAUACAGACCUAUACUGACACAUACUGAUCCAUACAGACCUAUACUGACCCAUACUGAUCCAUACUGACCUAUACUGACCAAUACUGAUCCAUACUGACCCAUACUGAUCCAUACGGACCUAUAAUGACCAAUACAGACAUAGCAACCCAUACUGGCCCAUACAGACCUAUACUGACACAUACUGAUCCAUACAGACCUAUACUGAUUCAUACUGACACAUACUGACCUAUACUGAUCCAUACUACAUAAUGAGACCCAAUUAACCAAACGAGUCAUAGAUAUAAUGAUUGUUUUGUAAUUAUUGGGAUAUUUGUGUGAUGUGCCCCCCAGGGAUUCGCAGUUCAUUUAAAGUAGAAAUUAGAGGGAGGGGUCUAAUUAAUGGGAUGAUAAUAUGGGGGCCUGGCCUUAUUUACAGAAUACAAAUUUGGGGUUUGCUAUUCAGGUCUCAGAUUUUUUUGGGAGGGGAGGGGAGUCAUGGCUCCAACAUAGGAGAGUUCUGAGAAAAAACAGGUAUUUCUGCUCUCCUGGCUGGAAAUGGUUACAGAACUAUUUCUAAAGAGUUUGGGUCCCCCAGCCCCACUGUCAGGCAGAUCCUGUACAAAUGGGGGAGAUUAAACCCCACUGUUACCCUCCCCAGGAUCGUCGGACCAGCAAAUAUCAGACCAACAGCACAGCGGGUAUACGGGGGUCUCAGACCUGAGCUGAAGAUGUUUUAUAGGGAGGAAUGGGUUAAAAGUCCAACUCCGAGCCGACGUGUCUGGACUACAUAAGGGUACGAGGCCGAAGGCUGAGCAGGUCAUGGAACUAUAAGGUGACUCAUAAUAUCCUGAUAUUUUCGAACAGGGGGUACAUUAUUUAUAUUAAUACACACGUUUUAGGGACUUGUGACAGAAAUGACAUCACUAAUCACUGACUAUGACCUAUGACAUCAUCAUCACGUCACCUCUACUUAUCCUUACAUAUAACAUUAUGCAUGGGAUAAGUCCUUUAUAUACUUCUGUAUAUUGAACAAUAUUAUAUCAUGAAGGGGCCACAUUCAGGAGGGUCCAAGUUCUGUGCUACUGGAUUGGAUCAGUACUGACUGGGCUCACAAUUGGACUCAAACUAGCAGAACCAAUAAGUUCAGAUGAAGCAAGUUCUCUCCAGUCCCAUAUCAGCUUUUAUGGCGUGGACUGGAGGCCUUAGAGCCCAAGGUACCAAAGAGCUGACGUGAAACUCAAGCAGUGAGUAUGGGCUUUACCCCCAUUGUUGUCCCAAUCAGUGGCACCUUCUCAGGCUGCUGUACCACCACCCCUUGGCCACUGUCCCUCAUGGUACCACAGGCCACUCAUCUUCUUCAUCCCCUUACCUGGGCCCAUUGCCUGUAGUGAAAGCUUCUAGCCAUGGUAUACAGACUAUUGUGUGUCACUCAUAUACACUAUUUAUAGGGAUUCAGGGUCACAGGCACCAGCUCUCCGACUCUCUGGACCCCACCAGCUACUUCAGGAUUCACAGUGUCUCAUUGUAUGUGAAUGUAUCUCUGUGGAGAAGCAACGGGUUCCUUCUGCCCAAAGCACAAACCUGAAAGAUCUUACCCAGCACAUUCUAUACAUGGCAAUAAAGCCCAAGUCACUCAAAGUACCUUCAGCUUCCACCAGUGAGACCCAUACAGACCCACAUAUGUACUAAUGGGAAUACCACUGAGCAUCAUGGGAGAUUCUCCUGUGUGUUCUGGUUUCAGCCAGGGACAAGUGAAGUGUUCAGUUGGGUUGUGCAUUAAUGGCCGGUGCCGGGCACAUCUGUGGGUGAUGGGGAUGGUCGGUGCCUCUGUAUCAGGAUUUAAACGCUUUCUGUCUCAUGGGAUACUGACCAAUAGGGAUGCACUAAAUCCGGCAUUUCGGUAUCGGGACAGGUACCGAAUCCUCCACAAAAGAAACCUAAUUUGCAUAUUCCAAUUUGAGAAAAAAGUAAAAGUUGCUUCAGUUGUGAAGAAAAUUGUCACAUUCAGUUGUCCAGAGCUUAAAGUCCUAUGGCCAAACACUAGAUCCCCAACUGAAUCCUGGAAUUGGUGCAUCCCUGGCCCAAAGUCUUUUCUUUGGUUACCGUGACCCUCCUUUUCAUUACUGGCCAGUGGCCCCCAGAAAUGUCACUGUGAGUUCAUGGUCGAUGGAUUCCCAUGUCUCUUAGUGGGCAACUCUGUGCCAAGGGCUACUGUUGGGUGAAGGAGAGACAGAUGUAAUAUAUGUUAUAAGUAGAGCUGCUGAGCUCCGCGCGGGAGUCUUGCUCUGCACAAGCUUCUCUCAGCCCAGUGUCCCACCUGAACAUACAAAGCUCUGCAGGGCUCUGCGGGGGAGGCUCUGUUAUUCUGUACCCCCAGUCACUGGGAUUUAUGGGGUUUUUUUUUACAUUUCUGAUGUUUUGAUUUUUGCCUUGUAUCUCAUGGGACUCCUAUUUUUAUAUGUUUAUAUGUGUAUAUAUAUAUAAUAUGUAUGUAUGUAUGUACAGAGACACAUACACAUAUAUAUACAGUAUAUAUACACAUACCCCCACGCACGCAGGAGUAGAUAUAUUCCAGGGGGAGGUCAGUCAGCAUGGGGAGGGUGCACGGAAUAAACAGAAGUGACAGACA